UUCGUAUUUUGGUCGUCGUCGACGUAAGACGUGAAAUUAUACAGCGUGAAAUUCGAAAAUUCUUAUUUAACGAAAUAAAAAAGGAUUUUUUGGACAAUUUUCAUCCGAAAUUGGGGAGUUAAUUAUUGGAAAACUCGAAAAAAUAUAAAAAUUUGACAAAUCAACCGCAAAAUUUCAAGGUGGUUUUUAAGUAAUAUUAACAAAAAAACAAAAUCAUGGCACAACAAGUACCUCCAACCUUCGACUGGGAGCAAGAGUCUCAAACGGAGAAAAUGGCAAGAAAAGCGAAGGAAUCUCCUUUCAUGAUUUUUGGUCUCGUUGGCUUAGCUACCGCUUUGGGCAUCGGCGCAUACAAAUACAAAAACAGAGGAACAAUGUCGACGAGCGUCUUCCUCAUGCAACUUCGUGUAGCUGCACAAGGAACCGUUGUUGCCUGUCUAACCGCUGGCAUUGGCUACCAAUUGGCAAAUGAAUAUUUUCUGAAGAGUUCCGACAAGAAAGAUUAAUUUUUUUUGCUUUAUAAAGUACAAAAAUUAUUUUUUUAAUUUUUUUUUCCUUAGAAAUUAAAAAAAAAUUAGGAAAAAUUAUAUUUUUGUAUAAAAAAAAUUUUUUUUGGUUAAUAAUCGGCAAGAAUUUUUGUUUAAAUUAAGUGCGUAAGUGUGAUAGACUGUAAAAAAAAUAAUUUUGAAAGAGAUAUAAUCAAUAAAUGAACAACUACUA